UUUUUUUAGUGGCAAGCUAGAAGAAUUUUAGCCUUUUUUUUUUUCUUAAACAAAUUACUUGACCAAAUGCCUCCCAAGAAACAACAAACCAAGAAAGACAAGUUAAAGAAGGAAAAGUCCACAGAGGACAAGACCUUUGGUAUGAAAAACAAAAACAAGUCUGCCAAGGUUCAACGUUUUAUCCAACAAGUCAAUACCCAGGCUAAACACAAUGCCGAGCAAAGACUUGGUCUUCCUCCUAAAGAUGCUGCUGCUGAAAAGAAAGCUUUCGAGCAAAAGAAGAGAGAAGAAUUGGCAGAACUCUUCAAACCUGUUCAAACACCUCAAAAAGUUGCUUUUGGUGUCGACCCCAAGACUGUUCUUUGUGUUCAUUUCAAGGCUGGAAACUGUGAAAGAGGUGCUAAGUGUAAAUUUGCGCAUGAUUUGAACGUUGGCCGUAAAGUGGAAAAGAAGGAUUUAUAUACUGACCACAGAGAAGAUGAUACCAUGGAUACCUGGGAUCAAAAGAAGCUUGAAGAAGUUGUUGAGAGUAAAUCUGGAAAGCAACCUCCCACUGAUAUCGUUUGUAAGUUCUUUUUGGAAGCUAUUGAAUCCAGCAAGUAUGGUUGGUUCUGGGAGUGUCCCAACGGCGGUACUGCUUGUAAAUACAAACAUGCCCUUCCUCCUGGUUUCAUCCUCAAGUCAAAGAACUCAAAAGCUGACGAAAAGGAAGAAAUUUCUCUUGAAGAGUUUUUGGAAAGCGAACGUCAUAAGCUUGGUCCCAAUCAAACACCCGUCACCCUUGAGUCCUUCAAACUUUGGAAACAAACUCGUGUUGACAAAAAGACUGCCGAAGAAUCUGCUGCCCGUAAGUCUAAAGAAAACCGUAUUAAGGCUGGUAGAUCACAAGGUAUGUCUGGUAGAGAUUUGUUUGAUUUCAAUCCUUCUCUUGCACAAGAUUACAAUGAUGAGGAAGAUGCUAUUGAUUUCAGUGCCUUUGAUCGCGAAGAAACCGAAAAGGAACUUGAACGUUUGGAGAAUGAAAGAUUUUUGGCCGGAAAGACCGGUGAAAUGUCUAUACAGGAUGCUCCUGUUGACGAAGCCACUACUACUACUGUAGCUUAGAAUAAUAAUAAUAAUAAAUAAGCCUUUUUUUUUCUUUGUGUAAGAAGGGUGGUCUC